AUGGAAACGAAUGGCUUUGCCUCGCAGCACAGAGCUCGGACACCAAAGAGAAGAAGAACUAAUGUCCUUCAACUUAUCUACAUGCAUCGCCAUGACUGUGUAAAACAACUUUUGCCUCAUUUGCAAGCUCUGAAUUGGAACGAUAUGAAGGAUUCUCAAGAUGCCUAUGGAUCUUAUCCUCUACAUUAUGUAAUGUUUUAUUGUACUGGAAAUGGAGUGUUGGACAUCGUUCGGUAUAUUCUUCAGCAAGAUCCUGAUGCUUUGUACAAGACGACUAACCAGCAAAUGACACCCAUUCAUGUCAUGCCAGGAGUCGUCUUUAGUGGCGAUGUCCACAAAUACUCGUUGGAUAGUAUCCAACGAGAUCAGAUGAAAGCUCGAUCCUUCAUGAUGAAGCAGGACGCUUCCAUUAUGACAAAUAUCAACAGUUUCGGUAGAUUACCGCUAUCCGAAGCAGUGGUCAAAGGAUGCAACCGAAUAGCCAAGCAAAUGCUGAAGGAAUACCCUCAUUUGGCGUUUCAAAAGGAAGCCAAUGAUCGACUUCCGCUGUAUCAUGCAAUUCAACGCGAGAAUGAGGUUGCCACCACCGUGCUGAUAUACUACUACCCCAAGAGCAUGUUGCUGACUCCUCACUGUGAGGAUCAAUCAUCAGCACAACCACAGACGUUUCUACAAAUGGCAUUGGCCUCCCCAACAUUGGCUCUACCCGUUUGCCAGCAAUUGGAAAAAAUUAUGGCUGACAUGUUUGUGCUAAACCAGGAACUCCUCCUUACCCAAAACAAACUCAAGGCCAGCAAAGCGACACUAAAGACCAAGAAUUCAGAAGCCAAAAUAGCAGCAAACCAAAUCGAGCAACUCCAAGCCCAAUUGGCAAUGUCUACGGGAGGACAGUCAUCAGAACUAAUAAGUAUCAACGGUCCAUCUAUGGCUCCUAAAGCGUCUUCCCGCGUAGCCGCUGCUGCAUCAGUCAUCACAGCAACAACAGCAGAUUCUCCCACCACCGCGGAGUUUGAUCCACGGCAAGAGUUCUACUGGAAACAAACCAGAAAAUCGGAGAUUAUUUGUUUGAACAAUCUUGCCUUGCGCAAGCGCCAACAGGAGCAAGACGACAAACCAUCCGUGGAAGAUCUCAAGGCGAUUGCUAAAUCUCUCACGCGGCGGCUGGACUGUUAUACCAACAAUCGUUUGGAAGCCUUUUCACGAUUUCAUUCCUCCAAAAAAGGUACUGCGACCACUCGACGUAGUGGCAGUGGUGGUGAGAAUAAAACAAUGACACAGAUUGCCGUGGAAUAUUGUCUUAAACAUCCCAAUCCCGAUAGAGGUGACUUGCAUCAAACCAUUGAAGCUCUGAAUCAAGAACUGAUGCGAAUCGAAGGGAAGGAUAAGGGUCUCGAUGACGAUAGCGCCGAGGAUGAGUCGUCACAACUAUCUGGACAGGAACGCAAACGUCAGGCAUCAUCAAAGCAGCAUAACCAAACUCCAAGGCAUACCAAACGACCAAAAGUAGCUGAAUUGAAUAUCGAAAGUGAUGACAAUGAUGAGAAAGAAGCAGGUACCCUGUGGCUGUAG